AUGACAGAAAAGAAAUAAGAAUUCAAUCCAUUAUUAGUUGCAUUUUAUUCAGGUCUUGCGUCUAUGGUUGGUGAUAUGGUUAUGUUUCCUUUUGAUACCAUAGGAACAAGAAUCAAAGCACAUAAAUCAGAGUUCUUAGGAAUGAAAUAAGGAUAUGAUCUAAUUGUUAAGAAUGAAGGAUUUAAAUAUUUAUUCAAAGGGUUUUCUACAACAGUAAUGGGUAUUAAUUAAUGUUUAUAAUUAGGUUCAUUUAUUCCUUAUGGUUCAUAUUUUUUAGCCUAUGAAUAUAUGAAUUAUUAUGCUGUCAAAUUAACAAAAGGUUUAGAGAAGGAUGGUGAAAAAAGUAAACUUAACUUAUUGAUUCCACUCAUUACCUCUCCAUUAGCUGAAGCUUUAUCUGUUAUUAGUAUAUAUAUCUAUUAUUACGCAAGCCUAUAUUCCUUUUGAUACUUUAAGAACCAGAAUGUAGAUGAAUGUUCCUGAAUAUAAUUAUAAAGGAAUAUUUUCAGGAUUAAUGGAAAUUUCUAGAAAAGAAGGUUGGAUCCGUUUAUUUCAAGCAUCUUACUUAUAUAUGGCCUCCGUUGUUGUCUAUACAACAUUCUAAAUGUGGUUCUAUGAAUUGCUGAGAUAUGAAAUAUUAAGAUAAAGGACUGAUCUCACUAUACAUAAUCAAUCUUUAGCCCUUCAUCAAUCUAUAAUUGCUACAAUGGUUUCAACUGCCUUAGCUGCUGCCAUUGUCAAUCCUGUUGAUUUUAUUAUUACUAGAUAUUAACUUGUAGAUAGCAGUUAAUAAUAAUUAUCUGUUAAAAGUUUAGUUUUAGAAGCUUGGCAUUAAGAGGGAAAAAAAGCAUUUCUUAAAGGAUUAGGAACUAGAGUCUUUUAAUGUAGCUUAUUUUCUAUCUUUUAUUUCCCUGUUUAUGAUCACUUCAAAUCAAAGUAUGGAAUUACAUUAGCAGAUUGAUUUAUGGAAUUAAAAAUGUGAC